CCAACGUCCCCACAUGGCCAACUUAUUGUUCCGACAGAGAGUUCUCACGAGUCUUCCUCUACCUUACAGGCUCCCAUCCUCAAGUGAUCAAUCUUCAAUUGGCACGGAAACGAAUUGCAGACACAAUGGCCCCAAAGAACCUUUCUUUUAUUCUCGAAAAGGCCGGCCAAGUCAAAUAUGAAGACCGGCCUAUUCCCAAGCUGUCAUCGCCAUACGAUGUCUUGGUCAACGUAAAGCGCACUGGAAUUUGCGGCAGUGAUGUUCACUACUGGGUUCAUGGUGCCAUUGGACCGUUCGUGGUCAAAGAUCCCAUGGUCUUGGGCCACGAAUCGUCUGGUGUCAUUGCCGAAGUUGGAUCGGCCGUUACCACUUUGAAGCCUGGCGAUCGCGUCGCCAUGGAGCCCGGCGUGCCGUGCCGUCGAUGCGUCCGAUGCAAAGAAGGCGGUUACAAUCUGUGUCCCGACAUGAAGUUCGCCGCUACCCCGCCCUAUGAUGGCACGCUGGCGAAAUAUUACGUUCUUCCAGAGGAUUUCUGCUACAAACUCGGCGACAAUAUGAGCCUGGAAGAAGGUGCAAUGGUGGAGCCAUUGAGUGUGGCCAUCCAUGUCUCGAGGCAGGGACAAAUCAAGCCAGGGCAGUCUGUCGUCAUUUUCGGUGCAGGCCCUAUUGGUCUUCUCUGUUGCGGUGUUGCCAAGGCUUUGGGCGCGAAAAAGAUUAUCGCUGUUGAUAUCCAAGAACAGCGACUAGAGUUUGCCAAGAAGUAUGCAGCAACUGGCAGCUACAUCUCCGCCAAGGUACCCGCAACCGAAAACGCAGAGAAUAUCAAGAAGGAGUUCGACCUCGGUAACGGAGCAGAUGUCGCGAUUGACGCUUCUGGUGUCGAGCCAUCUAUCCAGACUGGCAUCCACGUGCUCAGAUCGGGUGGCACUUACGUGCAAGCGGGUAAUGGAAAGCCCGAUGUCGUCUUCCCCAUCAUGGCGAUGAGUAACAAGGAGAUCACCACCAAAUCGAGCUUCCGGUAUAGCACGGGAGAUUACCAGCUCGCGGUGGACUUGCUCUCGUCUGGAAGACUGAGUGUCAAGGAACUGAUCACCAACCAGUAUCCUUUCCUUGAGGCCGAGAAGGCGUUCGAGGAGACCAAAGGAGGAAAGGGCGUCAAAAUCAUCAUUGAGGGCCCUGAGGAGUAAAAUGAAGAUGGCUGUUUCGGAUUUCUAUUGACACGUGAUUAUUCUCGAGUAUGUGUUUUUGGGUGUAGCCGGCGUGUUGUUCGCGAAAGUUGAGUAAAAGCAGAGAUAACGGUGUUUGAGGGGUUGGCGAUAUCAUUGAUGACGACGACGAUGAUGAUGAUGAUGAUGAAAGAGAAAUGACUCGAAAUAUAGAGCUUUAUUUACUAUGAAUUGGAGAUCUCGAGAAAAAGUAAAAGCGACGUCGAGAAAUCAAGAGGCAGUCUAUAGUAUU